AUGCAGAGGGCGCUGCUUUUACGAGGGCUCUCAGCGCGCCGGUUUGCUUGCGGUGGCGCACGAGCCCUUUCCUCGUCGCCGGUAGCGUUCUCAAACUCGUUCUUCCUCCACAAUACCCAAUGGCUGCCUCCGGGUUACGAAAACACAAAGUUUCGUCCACCGUCCCUGCAACGCAAUGUACACCCAGCAAUAACACCAUCGUCACCACCUCUUUCAUCCUUUAAAGAGUUGGAAGCUUUGACUCCGAAGAGGCUGUUGAAAGUGUAUUCACAGCUGGCAAAGUCACGACUGACAGUCCUCGUCAUGCUCACCUCCAUGUCCGCCGUUGCACUUUCGCCUCUACCUGCAACUGUACCGGUAUUACUCUCGACAGCCGUCGGCACAGCACUAUGCUCAGCCUCGGCCAAUACGCUGAACCAGCUCCAAGAGGUCCCAUUUGACGCGCAGAUGGCAAGGACGCGGACGAGGCCGUUGGUCCGACGCGCUAUUACCCCACUUCACGCAAGCGGGUUUGCGCUUGCAACAGGUAUAGCAGGACCUGCACUGCUAUGGUACAUGGUCAACCCCGCAACCGCCAUCCUGGGCGCUUCCAACAUCCUCCUCUACGCAGGCGUCUACACCUGGAUGAAGAGGAAGAGCAUCUGGAAUACAUGGGUGGGUUCAGUGGUUGGCGCACUCCCUCCACUUAUGGGGUGGACGGCAUGCGGAGGAAAAUUAUUGCCCAGCGCGGACUAUCCAAUCCAAAUGUUCGUCCCCUCCUUCCUCUCAGAUUCAACGGUACCACUGGAUUUGAGCCUCAUCGACAACCCACUCUCUCCAUUCGCACUGUUUAUGCUACUCUACAGCUGGCAGUUCCCCCACUUCAACGCCCUCUCGUACCUCGUUAGGGAUUGCUACGCCCAGGCAGGGUAUACCAUGCUUUCCGUCCUUAACCCCGCCAAAAACGCCCUCGUCUCCCUCCGACACGCCGCCCUCCUCAUCCCUAUCUGCUCCAUUCUCUUCCCCCUCUCCGGACUCACCACUUGGGCCUUCGCCGCUACAAGCUUGGUCCCUAACUUGAUCUGCCUGCGGGCUGCUUGGAGGUUCUGGAAGUACGGUGGCGAGAAGCACGCAAGGAGCGUCUUCCAACAUAGCUUGUGGUAUUUGCCCGUGGUGAUGGGGCUGAUGAUGGUGCACAAGCAGGGCAUGGAUUGGUUGCAAUGGCUGGGAAUCGUUAGUGGGGCGCAGGAAGAGAAGGAGAAGGUGCUUUCAGUCACGGACAAAGAAUCCACGUAA